UUCCCUUUAUAAUAAUGACUCCUAGGGUCUUAAAGUUUUGUUCUCUGCAAGUUUAAAAUAAUGUAUCUCUUUUAAAACUCCCACCGAAUGCUUAAAAUUUAAGCCAACUGUAAAUAUGUAAUCAUUCAUGAGUUCCUCUUAAGAAAAAGUGUCACAUGGAAAAAAAAUGUUUUUAAAACUGAUUCGAGGGUUUCUGUGCUCGUGCUGGUCGCAGCAGCAGCAGAUGCGCCCUAGACAUGCAGAAUGAGGCCAACCAGUUGGUGGACCUGUACAUGCCAUGGAAAUGCUCCCUCGGCAACAGGAUCAUGGGCACCGAGGACCACGCAUCCAUCCAGACGAACAUGGCGGACUUCGAGAAGGUAACAGGCAGGUUCAACGGCCAGUUUAAAACCUGUGCUAUCUGUGGGGCCAUUUGCAGGAUGGGUGAGUCAGAUGACUCCAUCCUCCGACUGGCCAAGGCCAACGGCAUCAUUUCAAAGAACUUCUGACUGGAGAGGAUGACGGAGGUGGGAUAUUUGCCAUAAAAAAAAUAG